UUAACUUACAUCCCUAUUUCGACGCCAAAUGUUAGCGCGAAAAUUCCUCCAAUUUCUGCAAAUGCACAGUGUUAUUUCAUCAAAAUAAAAUGGAUUCGCAGCUAAUUUAUCACAAUGUUCCAACACCGCCGGCAACAAACAUACCGCUGGCGGUUGCGGCACCAGACGGCGGCUUCCUUUAUGCCGGCGUACGCAGCAUAAACUACAUAUCAGCAGACCCGGCAAACACCGCGGAGAAGUCGCAGGUUAAAAUCAUGUCCACGCGCUUCAACAUCAUUGCACUCGAUGUCAGUCCCAUGUGGGGCAAGCGGAGCCAGCCAUUUGCCAUAGUUGGCGACGAUCUGAGUGUGCAAGUCUGGGACUGCAUGCUGGGCGGGGCUGUUACCGGACACAAGGCGCAUCAGCAUCAGCACGAGGCACGCAAUUUCAGGGGAAACCGUCCCUUUGAAACGUCUGUGCUGAUGAGCUACAUGAGCAACGGCAAUAUACUUUCGAUAGAUGCCAGCGAUUUGGUUAUCUACUGUGUGGCCUCUAACACCUAUUGCCGUCGUCCCAUAUUCAUCCCGUCACGCGUGCACCGCCUCGAAGUCCUGCGCUGCUCUCCCUAUAACGACAACAUAUUUGCCGUGGGCACGGCCUUGGGAGCUGUUUUAGUGUGUGACCUGCUCAAGAUGAGCAUUCUUUACAAGUUCACUGGCCACAAAAGCUGCAUCAAUGGAUUGGCAUGGCGGCAAGUAUCCCUUCCCUAUGAGGAGGAAAUGUUGAAUGAGUUGUCCUCACGAGCUGAGCAGUGGCGCAGUCACAAAGCAAACGAGGAUGAGGUAGCCGAAGCCAAAGUCGAGGUCAAGGUCGAAGCCGAAGCCGAAGCCCCUUCCAAACCAAAACCGAAACCCCCUCAGCUCGUCAAGUCGAAGGCAGCCGAAUCCGAUGAUCCGUUUGACAUUUACAACUUUGAUCAUCUGGAAUGCGAAUUCGGGGCCCCAGUCGAUGCUCGUCGCAAGUCAUCCGACGAUUGCGGCGACGACUUUGUUGGCCUGGAGAAGCCAGCAGGGGCCGCUGCUCUGGAUUUUGUGGAGGCCUGUGAGAGCAUGAGGGCGGAUAUUAUGGCAAAUCGCUCGGAGGCAGGUGGCGAAUCUGGCCACCAGCAUGUGGAGGUCACCUUAGACGACUGCCAGCCUACAAAGCCAACUGGUCCCCUCAGCGAUGCCAGCACCAUAAGCAACAAUGGCAGCCGAACAAGCAACAAUCAGAAUGCCGCCCUGCCCAGCGACUCGACCGAAGGCAGUCUGGAGGUGAUCCAAUACAGCUCCUCCAGCGACGAUGCCGUGAUCGUCGAUGGCGAUGCAGCUAAGCCGAAGAGAGAGGUGCUGCAUCACAUCUAUCACCGGGCCGAAGUGCACGCACCAGAGACACCUCAAAUUCAAGUGAAUCCCGUGCCGGAUUCAAUAAUCUCAUUGGUUGAGGAGAGCAGCACAGAGUCCAUCAAUUUGAGUUCCAUAAACUCGUCCAUUCGGCCAGACGUACUCCUGGUCUCCAUUGACUCCGAAGAGGUGGUGAUGAUCUGGAAUACGAACACGGGCGCCCAUGCCGGCAAGAACUACAGUCACAUCAAGUCAACAGAUCAGUACUGCAGUGUCCUGUGGCUAAAUGACCGCACCAUUGUCUCCCUGGGUCGGCAUCAGUUGUCCUUCUGGUCGCUGGUAUAUGACCGCAAAGUGCUUCGCUACAAGAUCAGCAAGGACAACGCACACAAGUGCGGCACAAAGGACAUACUAUCUGUGGCCAGUACUUGCAGCAAUCGGCAGCUUUGGGUGUGCAAAACCAAUCGCACAACUGGACUGAUGGAUCCCCUCACUGGCCUCACAACCUCCCACUAUAGCUCACUGGCAUUUGGAGUGCGGGCCAUGGUCGAGUGUCCGGAUGAUAUGAACAAAAUCGCACUGGGAUGUUCGGACCGUCGCGUGGCUUUCUUUGAUCUGUCUAAACUUCAGACGAACGGCGCGGCCAUCAACACUUAUAACGUUGGCAGCAACGUCUACUCCCUGGCUUGGAGUCCCGACUGCUUGCAACUUGCCUGCGGCACCUACGAUGGAACUGUAGUGAUACUCGACGUGGAGAGCAUGAAGGUGAAGAGAACCAUUCAAGGGCCCCAAAAGAAAGAAGUCUACAGUUUGGUGUGGCAGGAUAACUACAUCUACUUCGUGGUGAACCGCAAGCUUUACCUCGUGGACGUGACCAAACCCAAAGCCGAACCUCUUGUUCUAAACCUAAUGGAACGCCCGUGUUUCUUGAGCGUUCGUGGACCUUUCCUGUUUUUGGGCUCCGAGGACGGUGUACUGCAGUUGCACGAACGUAGGCCCGACCGGAAUCCCAGCUGGGGCCCAGCGCUCCGCCAGUCUGCACUGCUGUCUCGGUACGUUACGGACAUUACCUGGAAUCCGUUGGAGAGCAAUGUGUUUGCCGUUGUGGGCCACGACAAGCAUAUCAUAAUACUGGAAUUCCUUGAGGCAGAGCGCAACUGGAGGACGCUCCAUACAUUCACAGCCAGCGAUCCAAAGGGCUCGAUCACCUCGCUGAAGUGGAGCAACUGCCAGAAGAACCAUUUGCUCAGCUUCCACAUCGAGGGAAAGGUGUGCAUGUGGGACACUCAGGAUCCGAAGAAGGCGCCUCUGACCAUCACCUACCACUGCCCCAUGUGGUGCGGCAUGUUCCUGCCCUCCGAUGAGAAUGUCGUGAUGUGCUCGGGCAAAGCGGUCUCCCUGGAACUUAUCAAUAUAAAAGACGCCUUGGCUGGCGACGAGAGAAACAUUUGCUCUAAAGUGGAUGGACUGCUCAAUGUCAAGUGGGCCACCAAAUCCCUGGUGCAGUCGUAUGCACCGCCCGCCAGUGCAGAGGUUAAGAAAAAUAGGCGCACCGGUCGACGAAGGUAUCAAAAAGGCUACUCUGGAGGUGCGCGUAAAGUGCAAGAGGUGGGAGUCAUCCCAGAUCGCGAGGCGUCGAAUGACGGCCAAAAAGUAGAAGAGAUGUUCGGCGCUCUGAGCCUGGACCAAAAGAAACCAGAGCCAAGCCAGAGCACAAACGAGUGCAGCAAGUGCAAGGAGAAUGACGCUGCCAACCAGGCUCCCGAGAGUGUCGCUACCAAUAACCGCACCUGCCUCUACCUAACUCACAAGGAUCUCAACAAGAACGCCCUGGCUAAGCUGGCCAUUGUACUGACCGAAGAUGCGGUAAAGAUUGACAAGUCCGUGCUCCUGUCUAAACUGUUCGGCACCAAGGUGAUGGCCAAGGAGCUCAUUGAAGCGGAGUUGACCAACUUAAAGCACUCCAAUUCGAAGGAUAUUGCACCACUGUGCCUAACCAUAUCCACAUUUAAGCUGCGCAAGGAGUUGGAGGAGCACAUUGCCAACAAGACACUCACGGAAGGUCACCUGGCUGUGGCCCCCUCAGUGUCCUAUGUGUUUUGGAGAGACUGUUGCGAAGCCUAUGCCAAGCAGAUGGAGGAGAAGGGCUACAUCAUGCAUGCGGCCACGUAUCGCUUUAGCUUGGGCCAGCACAGGGAGGCCAUCGAUCUGCUCUUGGCCCACGAGUAUUUUAAGGAGGCCUUGGUCCAUGCCCGCAUCAGCCUGCCGGCCACUGACCCCAUGAUAAAAACCAUCAUCAAUCAGUGGUUGGAGAGGCUGGAGAAGACGGGAAACUUUGGAGCGGCUGCUCUGAUCUGCGUGCUGGACAACGAGAUGAUGCGUGGGUACACCUAUCUGCGCAAGUUCCACAAUUGCACGCCCGAGAUUGCCGAUCUAAUGGCCCAGAUUAAACGCAUCGGCCAGCUGGGCGAAGUGCUUGAUGGCUGUGCUCCCGGCGAGCCACCGGCUUUGAAUGGCGAAGCUAGCGACCAAGUUGCCUAAUUGUUAUUAAGUUUGAUUCAAACAUAGAAAAGGCUGUACACACAUGACAUUUAUGCAUUUCAUAGCAGAGACUAGAGCCUGCGCCUUAAAUGAAGUAUUUGAUUUAAUCAACGAAGAAUGAAAAUCAAAAGAAAUUCACAAUAGUUGGAGAAAACACCAAAAUUGAUUUUUGAAUAA